AUGCCGCGAUUGAUUGGUGUUGAGGAGGUUGCUAAGCACAACACCAAGGAGGACUGCUGGGUCAUCCUGAGUAACAAGGUGUAUAACCUGACGGAGUUUGUGAACGAACACCCAGGCGGUCCUGAGGUGCUGAAGAAGUUUGCCGGCAAGGACGGCACGGCGCUGUUCGACAAAGUGCACCCGAAGGACACGCUUGAGAAGUACGCCAGGCCGGAGUGGUUUGUCGGCGAUCUCGACACGGGUGUUGCGAAGAGGCUGCUCACGUACGAUGAGGUGACGAAGCACAACACGAAGGACGACUGCUGGAUCAUUCUGGGCAACAAGGUGUUCAACUUCACGGACUUUGUGCAGCUGCACCCUGGUGGUCCCGAAGUCAUUAUCAAGUUUGCCGGUAAGGACGGUACCAAGGUGUUUGAAAACGUGCAUCCGAAGGACACGCUGGAGAAGCAUGCGAAGCCCGAGUGGUUCAUGGGCGAGCUAGACCCUAACACCAUUCCCCAGGAGCUCAAGGACGCGGCCAACAAGGAAGAAGAGGAGGAGCGUGCGCGCCGUGCCAAUGUUCCGCCGCUAUCGCAGUGCCUCAACCUGCGCGACUUUGAGCUCGUGGCCAAGAAGGUGUUGACGCCGGAAGCGUGGGCGUACUAUUCGUCGGCGGCCGAUGACCAGGAGACGUACCACGAGAACACGUCGAUCUUCCGUCGCAUCUGGUUCCGUCCGCGUGUGCUUCGAAACGUGCGCAAUGUCGACCCCAGCACCUAUAUCUUGGGCUUCCCUAGUCCCUUGCCGAUCUACAUUACUGCUACGGCCCUCGGUCGUCUCGGUCACCCUGACGGUGAGCUGAACCUGACGCGCGCAGCUGCUCGCACCGGUCUGAUUCAGAUGGUGCCGACGCUCUCGUCGUGCUCGUUCGAGGAGAUUGUGGGCGGGCGUGAUGAAGAGGGCAAGCCCACGCAGUUCUUCCAGCUCUACGUGAACAGCGACCGCAGCGUUGUGUUGGAUAUGCUGCGUCGCGCUGAGGAGGCCGAUAUCAAGGCCAUCUUUAUCACGGUCGAUGCGCCGCAGCUUGGUCGUCGUGAGCGUGAUAUGCGUAUGCACUUUAGCGACGAGGGUUCGAAUGUGCAGAGCGGCAACGAUGUGGAGCGUGAUGAGGGCGCUGCACGUGCGAUCAGCUCGUUUAUCGACCCAAGUUUGACGUGGGAUGAUGUGCUCUGGAUCAAGAAUCACACGCGCAUUCCGAUCUUGCUCAAGGGUGUCCAGGCAUGGGAAGAUGCCGUGCUGGCCUAUGAGAUGGGUCUGGCGGGUAUUGUUCUCUCGAACCACGGUGGCCGUCAGCUAGACUUUGCGCGCUCGAGUAUCGAAGUACUGGAAGAGGUUGUGACAGAGAUGCGCAAGCGCAACAUGUUCCCCAGCAACAACUUCCAGCUGUUUGUCGACGGUGGUAUUCGUCGUGGCACCGAUAUCCUCAAGGCCGUGGCGCUGGGCGCUACGGCUGUGGGCAUUGGCCGUCCGUUCCUGUAUGCGUACUCCGCCUACGGCCCGGACGGUGUGGUACGUGCGAUCAACCUGCUGCACGACGAGAUUGAGAUGAAUUUGCGCCUGAUCGGUGCGCCUACGCUGAAGGAUGUCGUACCGGAGAUGCUGGAUCUGCGUGCGCUGCAUGCCCAUGGCUCGACGGUGGCGCCGCGCGAUGGCUCGACGGUGUUUGACCCGCACGGCCACGGCCGCUUGUAA